AUGCUGGUGAUGUCGGAGAAGACUAACCUAUUUGGGCAGAGCGGCCAGCACGGUGGGUACCGCGAGCUGUUUGAGAAGAAGUCAAUGGAUCCUGGAUUGGAGGUCUGCUCCCUCAGUCAGCACCCAUUCAAGCACGCCACCACUUCCCACGCUGAUGGCAGCCUUCCUACUUUUCUGGCGAGCAACUAUCAAUUCCUUUGGAGCAUGAGCCGUUCUCGGUGGCUUACAUCGAAAGAAAAGUGGACGGCCAUGGGUUGGCCUACAACUCAAAAGCUGGCAACGAUAUUGGGACGACCAGUGGUUGAGCCAAGGCUUACAAAGAGUGCUCAUCAGCAGAUUGGGAAUGCAAUGCAUGUGUUCAAUGCGGGUUUGAUCGUGAUGUCUGUCCUCGGGAGCAUUGAGCUGAUAGACAUUGGCGUGCCGAAGGAGAUCAAAGAACUGGGUGACAGACACCAAGACCUACGUGCAGCGUUGGAGAAGGUGGCUCGGCUUCCCUUCACCGCCCAAGCCACAGAAGAGACCACGGCCUGCUUUCAGGAGAUUUUCGAGGACUUUGGCAUUGCUGAUUUGUUCGGGGAUGAAGAUGAACUUACCACAGUUUCAGUCCUUUCAAAGCUUGGAGGAGCGAAUGAGCAGGCGAAGACAGAGCAAGAGGCCAAGUGCAAGAAGGUAUCAGAGUUGGCAAUCAGAUUGAGCGGGAUGAGGAAGACUGCCCAACAGAAGAGUCAAAAGGCCAAAGAGCGUGCAUUGAGCAAGUUGGACGAGGACGAUGAGAAGAAAAAGAAAGAUAAAAGGAACAAACGAAGGCGGCAUAUCUGGAGUUUGACAGUUGGAAGAGGCAAGAAGAAAAGAAUAGAGGAUGAUUUUGAGGGCAUGAAGUCCAAGAAAGAGCACAGGCCCAAACUCACGAUUCAGCAAAGGUUGGAUGUGGUCAACUGGGUCUUGGCGAAGAAAAAGGAAAUUGCUUCAGAUUCUCCAGAGUCAAAGGGCACCUCCGAGGAUGAGGAGGUGGAUGAGGAGGAGGAGGAAGUGGAGAAGGGAUCUUGUGAGCAGAAGGUGCAAAAACAGAGUAAAAGGAAAAGAGGAAGAAACCUGCAACGCAUGGCCGAGCUUCAGUUUCCCCACCUUGUCGGACCAUGGAUCAGUGUUUCAAGAUGGGUCCAGCGAUCGAAGGAUCAGCAGUGGGACAACAUACCGCAGCACAUUAGAGAACAACACAAGGAAGUCCCAGACGUUUGGAAAGAAGCGUUUGGCAACACCAAGAAGAAGGGAAAGCCUCGAUUUCAGUCAGUUCCGCCUGAAAUCUUGAAGUCUCUUGACGAGCACAUGGCUAUUUUGACCAGCGGCGUCUCGCAGGUAACUGAGCGGAACGAGGAGAUUAUGCUAUGGCAAAUAGUCGAUGGCUUAUCCCACACUGCCGAGAAGAUGUGCCGUGAGUGGAACGUCAAGAUGAAAGAAGAGAUACAGAAAUUUGAGCAGGAGAAGCAAAGGCUCACGCGUGAAGUGCUUGAAGGCCCGUUGGGUCUCAACCUUCCGGCUGGGAGCAUGGACGAGGCCGAGGUUCGCAAAUUCAACUCGGAUCACGCAGGAGAGGCCUUUGCAAUCCUGUCCGACUCCCGUUCCCACUUCAUGACCAGUGCUUGCUUCACUAAGAUGCUAUACAGUUUGUAUGGCCCAGCCUUCGAUGCGCAGAGAAAGCGGUAUGGCCUAGAUGGCAAAUCGCGGGGCAAGUUCCUUGCGGAUGCUUGGACAGGGUUCAGGAGCAAUGAGGGAGGGGAAGCUUUGGAGCGCAACGUAUGGUCACAAUUGAAUGGCGUGGAGUUACCGUCGACUCGGCCAGGUGGCUGGUCAGCGCACGGACAGCCCGUGGACCAGCUCCACAACGCGUAUCGGCGGGAGCUCAUGGAUGUUGGCGCUGAAAACCUGAGGUAUCAUUCCGAUAUGACCCAGCGACCAACCUUUUCACAGCUCCAGUUGGGCAGGUCCGGAACCAUCAAACGGCAGGUGUCCUUUGACCGACAGCUUCUGGAAGACACAUUGACAGCGUGGAGGCGAAUUCCUUUGACCCACUUCAGUGCAGCCUGGAGCGUAUGCGGUUAUUGUUCCAAGGAGGAAGCCAUGGAUCUUCAAACAGCGGCAAAUAUGUUAGAUCCUUCCGGAAUGAAUGCUGCGUGGGGUGCACAGGACCUUGCACUUCCAGUGAGGGGUGUCCGACGACUUCAAUGGCAGGUCAUCAAAGAGGACAACACUCCUGCAGCGAUGACCGCAGUUCAAAGGGCAAUCGCCAAGUUUACAAAGCAAAGACACAGUAUUCUCCAGGAUGCCCAAGGUCAGCCGACCAGCGAGAAUGAGUUGACGAACAAGCAGAAGACAGCCCUUGGCGAUCUAUUCACAACUCCGAUUCAUUUUGUCUUCCUGCCAGGUAGGCAAAAAGUUGCUCCACCCAGCUGGAUGGCGAAACACACAAAGCUGGUGAACGGCGUCCUAGAAGUCACUUGUAAGAAGGGACGCCCACAGCCGCUCGCGUUGACCUUCAGGCCAAAUACCCUUUCCAACGGAGAAGUUGCUUUCCAGUCCGGGGGCGAGUUUUUCAUUUCUGGACCAAAUUUUGCUGCUUCUGAAGUGCGAUGCGUGGCUUUGGAGCAGACCAGUGACCUUCCUGCUGCAGGCGCCGCUCCAUGGCGCCUGGACAACUAUGACUUUGAGGAUGAUGAGGAACAGGAGGAUACGGAGGAAGAGCAGGAUGACGACGGAGAAGAAUCUGCCCAAGCUGAUGAAGAGUUGCAGCCACCUUCGGGGUGGCAAGCCGAGAUGCUGCCUGAAAAUGGGCACGUUUCAUCUGAUGAUGAGCCAGAUGAAGUGUAUGAGCUUUGGGGUGGAAAGAUUAAGUCCUCCAAAGACUUGACAUCUGAGCAAGUACCAGGAGUUGCUAAACCUGAUGAAGCUGAUGAAAGUCAGGUUGCAGAGGGUCAAGUCAUCCACAGACCUCGAGGAAAAAUGACCUCUGAAGAGUGGAUGCUUCUGGAGAAAGAAGGCUGGGUUCAGAAGCUACCACAAGUUCAAGACACCACAUUGGGACGUCACGAGAAGUCUUCGGCUUGGUCUGCGAAGUACCCCCAUCCGCAUGGUCAGCAGCAGUACGUCUCAAGAAGCUUUGGUUCCAUCAGAACGCCUUUGCAAGCUCUGCUGGAAUGUAUGCACUGGCUGGUGGCUAGUCAUGCAAUGUAUUGUGAAGCCGGAGGGGACGAUGAAGCACAUUGGAAAGGGAAUCUGGACCUCCACAUCAACCGCCUGGUGAAGAGGCAACGAAACAAAACAACAUAUCUUUCCAUUGCUUUUCUGAGCAUUUGUCACGGUCUCGUAGUCCUGGAGGAGGAGGCAGAGCUCCAGUCAGUGGCAGGGCUAGCCGAAUUCCAGCUAAUAGCCGUCCUCCAGCAAAUGCCCGGCCGGCAGUUGGUGGCCAGAGCUACAAACUUGCAAGGAAAUACUCCCGUCGAGGCCAACACCGAGAAUACCCGUAGACGCGAGCCCUUCGCUUCCCAUGCCUGGUGCCGCCGCGUUCCGCACUGUCGGCUGCGGGUGGCUGCGGGCGGUCCGCUUCGCUGCGAGAAAGUGCUGCGGCGCUGGCCGCAGCUGCCACGACAGUUCUUGGCUGAGGCCGUUUCGCUUGGCCUCUACGCCUUGUCCUUGCGGCGCUUCCUUCGCGCCUGUGCACGACGGCCGCUGCGCAGCUGGCGCGCGAACCCCCGGAAGGUGCCAGAGGCCCGCUUGACGCGGCGGCGCGGUCGGCCGACGCCCUGGUGCUCGGACGGUUUCAUCGAGGCUGAAGAAGAGCCAGGGCAAUGGCUGGAACAGUACACGGGAGAAGUCUAUGUGCAGAGCUUGGCCUCGAUGCUGCCCGUGGAGGUAUUGAAGAGCUUCAUGCCUUCAUUGUCGGGUGCAUUCUUGGAUUUGUGCUCUGCUCCUGGCUCCAAGGCCUCCCAACUGGCGCUGAAGCUGCACCGUGAUGCAGUCUUGGUGGUGAAUGAGCCCAACGUGCAGAGGGCGCAAGUGCUGCGCUGCAAUCUGCUGAAGACAGGCGUUGCGGAGCGAUGCUUGAUCUUGCAAGAGGACGGCAGUCAGCUCCCGCGGGCGAGCACCGCGGGCUGCUUUGAAGCCAUCCUGCUGGAUGCGCCCUGCAGCGCGGAAGGGAACCUGCGGCGCAUUCCUGAGGUGCUGUCACGCCUCCAAGCGCCCAACUACCUGCAGCUGAAGGAGGCGAAUGCCCAGCUGCAGAAGAAGCUGCUGCUGAAGGCUUGGCAGCUGCUGCGCCCGGGUGGCUUCUUGGUCUAUUCCACCUGCACGCUCAAUGCGCAGGAGAAUGAGGAGGUCCUGACGGUUCUGCCAGAAGCUGAGCUCAUGGAUAUCCCAUCCAGGCUGGGGCUACACAGCCGAGAGCGAGAGCGCCCGCGUGUUCCGCGUGUGUUGCGACUGUGGCCCCACGAAUGGGAUUGCGAGGGCUUCUUUGUGGCCUGCUUGAGGAAAGGCACGCCGCCGCGUGCGCCGUCCCCCACCACGGCCACCGGCCGCGUUCGCCGUGGCGGGUGGCGGGUCCUGAAGCCGCAGGAGCUACGAGGCUUGAGAGAAGCAGCUGAAGCGAGUAUUGGAUACUGGCCUCCUUUGACGGAAGAGGAGAUGUCGUCCCCUCGCGUGGUUUGCAACGAGGAAGGCGACGUCUUCUUGUUGCCCGAGUUUCUUCCCCAAGCCGUUGAGGAGUGGCUGCCGAGCUGCACUCCGGGCCUGACGGAGGACAUCGUAAAGCAAGAUCUUCAGAGUGCAAUCUUCCGAAAGGAUUAUCACGCAGCCAACUGCUUUGAGACUGAGCUGAAGAAGCUCGAUCUUUUGAGAGAACUCGACAUCAAAGUGAUCCAUGGAAUACUGUGCCUGAGCUUGAGCUGUGGCUUCAGUGGCUACAAGCUGACCGCCUAUGCAGCGGGCCAGGCAGGCUCGGCCGCGCGUGGGCUGCUGUUGGAGAUGGAAUGCUGCCGGGUGUCGCCGGAUGUGGUAAGCUACUGCGCGGCCAUGAAGGCCAGUGCCGCCCACGAGGUGCCUGGGCUGUUCGCGCAGCUGGGCGAGCGACAGCUCCAAGCGGACUUGAUCACCUUCUCGACGCUCAUCAGCGCCCUCGCACGGCGCGGCCGCGGCCGCGAGGCGGAGGAGACGCUGGCGGCGAUGAGGAGAUCCAUGCUGGUGCCCGAUGCGGUGUGCUACACACCUGUCCUGGACCUCUAUGCCCGGCGUGGAGAAGUGGCAAAGCUCCAAACGCUGCUGGCGCAAAUCGAGGGCAACAUCGUGAGCUACACGGUGUUGAUGAAGGCCCUCGUGAAGGCAGAGCGAUUGGAGGAAGCUCGAGAGACCCUCGCACAGAUGAGUGAGAAGCAGUUGGAGCCGAAUCUCGUCUCCUACACCUCUCUCCUCAGCGCCUUCGCCAAAAAAGGGCAAACGGAGGAAGCGACGACCUUGGUGGAAUCGAUGAGAGCCAAUGAGCUGCAGAUGGACGUGGUCAGCUAUGGUGCCUUGCUCUCCGCCUUCGCAGCGGCACGCGACGCGCAGGGCGCUCUGGACACGUUGCAGCAGUGUCGGCAGGAGAGGAUUGCACCGAACCUCAUUUGCUAUGCGACAGCCUUGCGUGCGGUGAAAGCUGCAGGUGACAGGAAGCAGCUGGAGAUGCUCUUGGCAGAGAUGACACAGAGCAGGCUCCAAGCCGGAAUUCCGGCGGAGGACGGAGGUCCGAUGGUGCGACGGUGA